AUGUUUUCUGGUGGAAAGUCAGAGCCCGGGUCUGUCCUGGCCCCCAGGGUGAACAGCAGGGGUGUGGGGACAGCACUGACUCCACACCCCCAGUGCGAGGACCGGCUCUCCCGUCUCCAAGGUAACCCCAGGGGCAGCCCCCUGCCGUCUAGACGCUCAGGGUCCCUCCCCCAGCACCUGCCCAGCUGCCGGCCACUCUCCCCACCUGCGCUCUCCCCCCACCUGCCAGCUGCUUCUCCUCCAGCUCCCCCGAUACCCUUCCUGGCCACCGCCCAGCAGAGCACCCACACAAAGCCUGGCUUUCUCCCCACUCACAUCCUUCUUUCCCGUGGCCUCGGUCUAGAACAUUCCCGGCCCUUACCUGUCCCUCUAGUCACAGGUCACAUCACCACUCCUGGAAGCCGGUUUGAAGGCCCUAGGGACUCUGCUGAACGCUCCAACACGCUACCACACGUUGUGGUCGUCCUCCCUGAGCUGCGGACCCGGUGUUGGCUCGGCGACCGUGGCAGAGAUGGGGCAUCAAAGAGACAGCAGAGUGGAAGACCAGUAGUCAAGCAGCCUGAGACCAGCACCUCCUGCGCCAGAAGCGGACAGCCAGUUGGGGACAAAGAAUCUCUGGGACACAGGACACAGGAGGCACCACCCAGCAUAAUGAAAAUUAAAACAAAAAAAUUUGGAUGCAGGAGAAACCUUGAGAUUCAUGCUUAUUAUCUGGCAUUUUAUUCUCCACAGAGCAAGUCUAAAUGCUAAGGUUCUCAUUGUAACUGUGAGGGAAGGAGACCCAACGCUUUCUAAAGAGCAUGAACCC